AUGUCGGCUUCUCUGCGCGAACGGCGUGGGUCGAGCUCAACGGGAUCGGAAGGAGACGCACAUCUCGUUCUAGACAGAGCUCGAGAUGCACUUGACCAAGAGCAUUCCAUGACCCUAUGGUCGGCCAUCAAGAUGUAUCCAAAAGCCAUAGGCUGGUCUAUCCUGGCUUCAACGUGUUUAGUCAUGGAAGGCUAUGACUUGGCGGUCAUCUUCAGUUUCUUUGCUUUUCCAGCCUUCUCCAAGAAAUAUGGUCACCUUACUGCGGACGGAAGUUAUCAACUCACCGCAGCCUGGCAGACAGGUCUCACUAAUGGCACUUGUAUCGGCGAGAUGAUUGGUCUUGCCUUGACCGGUAUCUUUGCAGAUAAGUAUGGCCAGCGCUGGACCAUCAUCGGCGCCUUGGCCCUUAUAACAUGCUUUAUAUUUAUUACUUUCUUUUCUCCUAAUGUUCAUAUUCUUCUUGUUGGUCAGAUUCUUUGUGGCAUACCUUGGGGUGUGUUCCAGACCAUUACUCCUUCAUAUGCUGCUGAGGUGGUCCCGAUGGAGCUACGACCGUAUCUUACCUGUUAUGUAAAUCUAUGCUGGGUCAUGGGCCAGAUAAUAGGCUCUGGAGUGCUUCGAGCGCUCAUUAAUCGAAACGACGAGUGGGGAUACAGGAUCCCAUAUGCUUUGCAGUGGGUCUGGCCCAUUCCACUUGCUGUAGGCAUGUUCCUCGCGCCCGAAAGUCCUUGGUGGCUGGUCCGACAAGGUCGUGUCGAUGACGCGGAGAGAUCAGUGAACCGCUUGAUGAGCAGACAAGGCCAAAAGGCAUACGACAGCCAGAAAGCAGUGGCAGGCAUAAUACACACCAAUGAGAUGGAGAAACAAGUCACGCUUGGAACGUCAUAUAUGGACUGCUUCAAGGGCAUCGAGCUCCGUCGCACUGAGAUCUGUUGCAUGGUCUGGAUGAUCCAGAUUCUAUGUGGUGGAGGCAUCAUGGCCUUCUCGUCAUACUUUUUCGAACGCGCAGGACUGGAUGUCUCUUAUUCAUUCGACCUUUCAAUGGCACAAUACGGACUGGGCGCUGUCGGAGUUUUCAUCGCAUGGGGUCUGAUACCCUGGGUCGGACGACGAACAUUAUUCCUUGUGGGACAGAUCUUCAUGAUGAUCCUGUUGCUCAUCAUUGGAUUCAUUGGUGUAGGACCGAAGAGCCAGCCAUCGUCAUGGGCGACUGGGGCGUUGCUCCUGGUCUACGUCUUCGUCUACGACAUUACAGUUGGCCCACUAACCUACGCAUUUGUGGCAGAGAUUCCUUCAACCAGAUUACGGCAGAAGACGAUGGUGCUAGCACGAAACGCGUACCUGAUCGCGAACAUUGUCAACAACGUACUCACACCGCACAUGCUCAAUCCUACAGCAUGGAAUUGGGGACCAAAAACAGGAUUGUUCUGGGGUGGCAUAUGUUUUUUGACGAUUAUCUGGGCAUACUAUCGGCUGCCUGAACCUAAGGGGCGUACAUGCGCAGAGCUGGAUGAUCUGUUCGAGCGCAAGAUCCCAGCUCGGCAAUUUGCUACCACAGUAGCGAAUCCGUUCGAUGAUGGGCGGCGCAAUGGUUCGGUGGUUAGUGCCUUGAGGAGGCAAGAGGAGCGAAAGGCGCAAGCGAAUUGA